CAAUUUAUUUUUCACUAGCCAAUUACAGGUUAGUCAGAUUUACAUUAGCUAACCGAACCCCUAAAUGUAUGGCAUUGUCAAAGAACAAAUAAAAAAACAAUUACAAAAACAUUUUUGCAUUAUGAAACUAAUCCGCCAUAAUGGCGACAAAUUUCUUCGUGAAAAUGCUCUUUUUAAAAUCGUUACCACGCCAAAUAGAAAGCUUGACCUAACGCAAUUAACUUACAGACAUAAAAUCAACACUAAAUAACAUCAUUUUUCAAUAAAACCAAACACCUACGCAAACUUGUAAAGCAAAUGUCAAGUGAAUUCUUGGACGCCUUCCCAAAAUGCCGGUAAAUAAACUUUACAUUGUUGACAAUCAAAGAUUUCACGACACGACUGAACAUUGUCUGAUAUUAAAUCAUUACUCACGGUUUUGGGUAUUCAAAAGGCCAUUUUAACUUCCUAAUUAAUCCAAAUUAAUAAAUUACAUGUUUUUCUCCACUACAUGAACGAAAUGUUUACCGGAAGCUUCAACGCGCAUGACGGAAAUGUCACUUGUUUUCAACGUUGCCGCACCUACUAUUUCUCCAAUUUUGGGUACUAAAUUUUUAUCGAUUAUAAGUAUUGUGUUAUAAAAGUCUUAUAAUAAUAAGGUAUUUUAAUCAAUAUUGACUUAAUCUACUGCUUUUCAUAAAUAAUCCAUACAGAAAAUCUGACACACCGCGAAACUGAUAUGACAACUUGUAUUCAAUGUUGCCAAACCUAUCUAAUAUUCGCACUCAUACUUGUUUUUAUCGUCGUUUAUGAUGUGUUUGUCAUUUUUUAUGAUGCAAUAGUCAGCUGAUACCAAGUAAUUGUAAAAUCCCGUAAACUCAAAAGAUUGUAAGUUUAUUCCACGAUUUUGUUAGAUUUUAAAGAGUUUUUAGUGUUUAUAAUUUACAUUUCUUCAUACAAUCUGACAACUAAGCUUUGUUUUUGAAAUUUCCGGUAAGAACUUUGAUUUUCGGUAAGGAAUUUUCUAUCGGUUUUCAAAUAUUUAUAUAACCUUUAUGAUCUGUGAUUUAUAUUGGUAAUAUAUUCCAGGAAUUAUUUGCAUAAACCAGUAAAAGUGGUUUAAUUAACAUUUAUUAAACUGAUAAUUAAUAAUAAUAAUAAUAAUAAUUGAUAAUUAUUAUUGUACUAAUUCACGAAUAAAAAUUAUAUAAAUAUUUUUUGUUAUUACUAGUACUAGUACCUACUACUAGAAGUAGUCACCACACUGUGAACGACACUUACGACAGUGAGUAGUAACAGGUCCAUAUUUAAAGCAAAACAACGUUUUUCCCACAGCACAAAUGGCAGGUCAAGAAGGAUAUUUACCCUUACCAAAGGGUUUUUCAACCCACGCCAUACAUCAUGACCAGGAACCAGAAAAAUGGGAUUCCAUGGCUGUAGUUACUCCAUUGGUAACAUCUACUACAUUUAAACAAUAUGGACCUGCAGAUUUUAAGAAAUAUAAUUAUGGUAGAUCUGCAAACCCAACCAGAGACCUAUUAGAAAACCUGUUAGCAAAAUUGGACAAUGGUAAACAUGGUCUAUGUUUUUCGUCUGGAUUGGGAGUCCAGUCGGCCAUUUUGGGUUUAUUAAAAUCCGGGGAAAACGUUAUAAGUGGCGAUGAUCUUUACUGGGGUACCAACUGUCUUUUUAGCAAGGUGGCAACGCGGUUUGGUAUUGAAACCACUUUUGUGGACUUUUUGGAUCUGUCCAAUUUGGAGAAUGCUAUCAAAAGCAAUACAAAAAUGAUAUGGAUGGAGACUCCGACCAAUCCAACAUUAAAAGUCAUCGAUAUAAAGGCAGUUUCUCGGAUAGCAAAAAAGCAUAAUAUAAUUUUGGCGGUCGAUAAUACAUUUUUGACGUCAUAUCUCCAGCGCCCUCUGGAUUUCGGUGCCGAUAUUACUGUAUACUCUCUAACUAAGUAUAUGAAUGGCCACUCUGAUGUUAUAAUGGGGGCCCUCACCACGAAUAAUACGAAACUGUGGGAGGAAUUAAAAUUUUUACAAAAUUCUAUGGGUAUAAUACCCUCACCGUUUGACUGCUACCAAGUCAUCAGAGGUUUAAAAACACUGAGUUUAAGGAUGCAACAACACAGUAAAAACUCAUUAGCUGUCGCCAAAUAUCUUGAAGCUCACCCCAAAAUUGAAAAAGUUUUGCACCCAGGUCUUCCAACCCACCCACAACAUGAGUUGAGCAAAACACAGACGAGCGGCCAUUGUGGAAUGCUGACUGUAUACCUAAAAGGCAACCUUGAUCACUCCAAACAGUUCCUCCACUCCCUGAAAAUAUUCGCUUUGGCUGAAAGUUUUGGAGGCUACGAUAGCCUGGUUAAGCUGCCUUUUGUGAUGAUACCUGCGUCUGCGCCUGAAGACCAAAGAAAAACUUUCAUCUCAGAAACUUUAUUAAGAUUAUCCGUUGGUUUGGAGGACAUUGAGGACAUCAUUGGUGAUUUGGAACAAGCUUUAAAGCAAAUCUAAUCGAGUUUAUUUAAAAAUAAAAUACGUACCUUAACUCAAAAUUCUCUCUUUAUUUUCUUAUGUACAAAUAAAUUAAUAAAUU